AAAUUAGUCCAAGCGAACACGGUCCAAAAUUUGAAAACAGCCAGCUUUUAUAGUUCAGUAGAUCUCUUCAACACACGUUAACACUUAACACGAUGGAACAAUUAAACGAGGAGGAUUUUAAAAUGUAUUUCUACGAGAACAGACUGAAAACGUUCGAGGGAUGGCCUUUCGACGAAGACUGUAGCUGCACACCGGAGAACAUGGCCAAAGCUGGCUUCAUUCACACUCCUUCAGAGAACAGCCCAGACAUCGCCAUGUGUUUCUUCUGCCUCAAAGAGCUGGAGGGCUGGGAGCCAGAGGACGAACCAGAGAAGGAGCACAAAUCUCAUUCAUCAUCGUGCCACUUCAUCAGCCUGAAGAAGAAAGUAGAGGAACUAAGUGUGGAGGAAUUCUUCAAACUACAGAAGGAGAGGCACAAGUACAUGAUUAACAAAUCCUGUAACGAGUCUCUUACCAAAUUUGAGGAGGCCACCAAGCUGAGAAGGGCGGAUAUCAUCAAGACAGCCAUGGGGGAAGAGUGACGGGAGAAAACGCUGAUGAAUGAGAGGGGGGGCUGUGGGGAGAGAUCGAUUGUUGCUGGAAAGCGACUGAACAUUUUUUAUGUGUCCUUCAUUUGUCUUCUUUGUGAUGCUGUCAUCUUCUUAUAUUUCCUGUUUCUAUGUGAUGUCUUCUUAUUCAUUAAACUUGAUCUGUUUGCUUA